UUAUUUAGUACAUUAACUGUCUAUUGAUUUCAGUAUUUAAAUAAAAUAAAACAGUCAUUAAUUUUAAUAUAAAAUUAAGUUUUUAUUUUCAAAUGUCAUUUCAUGUCAUUAUUUGAUAUUUUAAAAAAUAGUUGAAAAUUAUUAAAUAGUGUUAACUUUAGGUCUAAUUUAUUAUUAUUUAAAUUUAGUAAUUAAUUAAUUAAUAAUAAUAAUCAAAACGCGACAAAAUGUCAAAAUUAGCAAAAGGUGUUUUCAUAGUCGGAGCCAAACGAACGGCUUUCGGUUCCUACGGCGGGGCACUAAAGGACACGACUAGUAUAGAGCUCGGAGAAGUGGCCGCACGGGCGGCACUGCAGCACGCAAAUGUUAAACCCGAACACGUGGACUCGGUUACCGCCGGCAAUGUGACCUCAUGUUCAUCAAAUAGUGGUCCAAUGAUUGCCCGACACGUCGGUCUACUCGUUGGUGUCCCACAAGCGGUACCCGCGUUAACGGUUAACCGUUUGUGCGGUUCUGGCUUUCAGGCUGUGGUGACGGCCGCUCAGGACAUACUACUAAAUGACGCCAAUAUAGCUCUGGCCGUUGGCUCUGAAAAUAUGAGUCAAACACCGUUUUUCAUAAGAGGCGCCAGAUUUGGUGUCAAGUUUUCAACCGUACCAUUGAUUGAGUGCGGAUUAUGGCAAGGAUUGGCCGACCAUCACGUGAAAAUGCCAAUGGGAGCCACUGCCGAAAAAUUGGCCAAAAAAUAUGGCAUCACUCGCGAGGAAGCUGACCAAUUGGCUCUUCGAUCGCAACAGCGAUGGGCCGAUGCCCACAAACGCGGUGUUUUUAAAGAAGAGACCGUACCCGUGACCAUUAAAGUUAAGGGUAAAGACGCUGUUUUCGAUGUGGACGAACACCCGCGACCACAGACAACGAUUGAGAUUUUGGCCAAAUUGCCGUCAGUUUUUGAAAAGAACGGUACGGUUACGGCCGGUAACGCUUCGGGUGUUAACGAUGGCGCCGGUGCUGUGGUUUUGGCCAGUGAAGAGGCUCUCAAACAGUAUAAUCUUAAACCAUUGGCUCGGGUUGUUGGCUAUUGUAGUGUUGGUGUCGAUCCGACAAUAAUGGGUAUCGGACCGGCACCGGCUAUUCGUAAGCUCUGUGAGUCAACUGGUAUUUCACUGAAUAAUGUAGAUCUGGUCGACGUUAACGAAGCAUUUGCCUCCCAGUUCUGUGCCGUCGAGAAGGAUCUCGGCUUAGAUCCGGCAAAAACUAAUGUGAACGGCGGUGCUGUUGCUUUGGGACAUCCUGUCGGAGCUUCAGGCGCCCGAAUUACCACAAAUUUGGUUUAUGAGCUAAACAGACGAAAAGCCAAGUAUGGUAUCGGCUCGGCCUGUAUUGGUGGAGGACAGGGUAUUGCCAUUAUGAUUGAAAAUGUUCAAUAAUUUAUUUGUGCCGUAUAUAAGCAAUUUUAUCGUAUUUUUUAGACUUUAAUAUUUCAAAAAUGUUUCUUUAUUUUUGAAUUCAUUAAGAAAUUGUUUUUUAUAUAUACCGUAUAUUUUAAAUAAAUG